AUGCCUGCCUCGCACACCAACCACUCCAAAAAUUCCGACAACAAGCCUCCUUUCACUGUCGAUACAAUCAAGCAGUAUGGGCCAUUCAUGGCACUGGAUCCCGCAUUACAGGCUAAAAUCUGCGAGUUACUUGCCAAUAAAGAAGUCAACAAAAAGGGAAAAAUCAAACGACCUCUGAGCGGUUAUCUGCUCUAUAUACAGGAAAAGUCUCUCACAAUAGCAAACCAGUGCAGCGGCAACGAAACUGGGCAUUCUGUCCAAACAAAAGCAGCGCUAGCAAGAGGUUGGCACGACCUCAAAGAGGAGAAGAUAAAAUACAAGCUACUGGCUCGUCAAGCUCGUCGGGCGCGCCAGGAGGAAUUUCCUGGAUAUAAACACUCACCUAUGGAUGAUCGCAAGUGGAAAGGUAUCAACGAAGAGGGGCGGAAGAAGUGGUUCUUAGAGUCUCUCGUGUCAGCCAUCACAAAAGCGCUAAAUCCUGGUGCCGGUUCUCCCUAUCUAGACAUCAAUCAAUGGAUUUGUGAUCCUUCAAAUCACAAGUAUGUCAGCCCCCAGAUCUUGAGUGAGGCCCUGGGUGGCCCCCAGACCAUGCACGAAUAUGGAUUUAGGAUUCGCUCGGAGACAACAGUCUGCCCUCAACAACUUGUUCUCACACCAAAUUCUCGGCCUCUUUCAGCUAUGGCAACACCAGCUCCUAGUCCUAACCUAAUUUUUCUCUCUUCUUCUGAACGAUUUCCCGACUUUGUCGAUGAGAUCAAUGAAAUUUGGCGGGACAACAACGAUACGAAAGGGGAUCGCUUGUACCCUGAUCCGGCUCGAGUAUAUGAGGUAUACAUGACCUCGGGAUAUGAAGCUAUGAUGGAUUACGUUACCUCGUUUCGACCAUCGACACAGGACGAGUCAGAGCCUUCUUACGACUACACGGAGCUGAUACACGAAUACAUGAAUCCCAUUGCGUACGAGGAUGACAAUGAGUUUGGGGAUAAAGAUGACACUAUACCCCUCAAUUCAUUCUAA